GUUGUGGAAGUGGAGACAGAUGUCUUCUGCCUACCAUCACUUUAGUUUGCCUACACCAAGGCUGGGGGAGCAAUUGGCUCCCAGAAUGCUGGAAUUACAGGUCCUGGGUCACCACCUACCUGUCUAUAUAAUGAAGAUACCUUUGUUGUUAUCUCACACAAUAAAAUAGUCUCUCAGUUUCAGCUUAAUGUUUCUUCCUGAUGCCACUGAAGUAAAUACUAAAAGAAUUUGUUCCAGUUAUGCAUUUUGUGGUGGACAAAAAUGGCUAGGCCUUUUUAUGAAAAUAUUUUAAUUGAAGAAAUGGAGCCUUCAAAUUACACAAGGGUGACUGAAUUUGUUCUCACUGGCCUAUCACAGACUCGGGAGGUGCAACUAGUCCUGUUUGCUAUAUUUCUGUCCUUCUAUCUGGUCAUUCUUCCAGGGAACAUCCUUAUCAUUUGCACCAUCAGGCUCGAUCCCCAUCUCACUUCUCCCAUGUAUUUCCUGUUGGCUAAUCUGGCCUUUCUUGAUAUUUGGUACUCCUCCAUUACAGCCCCUAAAAUGCUUGUAGACUUCUUUGUGGAGAGGAAGACAAUUUCCUUUGGUGGGUGCAUUGCACAGCUCUUCUUUUUGCACUUUGUUGGGGCCUCAGAGAUGUUCCUGCUCACAGUGAUGGCCUUUGACCGCUAUGCUGCUAUCUGCCGCCCCCUCCACUACGCUACCAUCAUGAAUCGUCAUCUCUGCUGUAUACUGGUGGCUCUCUCCUGGAUAGGGGGUUUCAUUCAUUCCAUAAUACAGGUAGCUCUUAUUGUUCCACUUCCUUUCUGUGGACCUAAUGAGUUAGACAGUUACUUCUGUGACAUCACACAAGUUGUCCGGAUUGCUUGUGCCAACACCUUCCCGGAGGAGUUAGUGAUGAUCUUUAGCAGCGGCCUGAUCUCUGUAGUGUGUUUCAUUGCUCUGCUAAUGUCCUAUGCCUUCCUUCUAGCCAUGCUUAAGAAGCAUUCAGGCUCAGGUGAGAGUACCAAGAGGGCCAUGUCUACCUGCUAUUCCCAUAUCACCAUAGUGGUGUUAAUGUUUGGGCCAUCCAUCUACAUAUAUGCUCGCCCAUUUGAUUCUUUUUCUCUAGACAAAGUGGUGUCUGUGUUCCACACCGUGAUAUUCCCUUUACUUAAUCCCAUCAUCUACACAUUACGAAACAAGGAAGUAAAGACAGCCAUGAGGAAGUUGGUCAAUAUCAUGUAA